AUGGUUUUCAUUUAUUUCUCCUUGCAUUUUCUAUUUCGUCUUUCUUUCUUCACAAUAAUUUCUUUGCUUUUGUUCUUUUUUUUCUUACUUCCUCUCUCCUUUCUUCAUUUCUUUUUCAUUCGCCCUCUUUUUACUCUAACUAUUUCUUUCAUUUCUUACCCAUCCAUUGAUUGUUUUUAUUCAUUUAUUUAUAUUCUCUUCUUUUAUGUUUACUUGAAAAUGUACUCUUUCUUAUCUGGAAACACCUCUCUCUUUCUUUCUUUCUUUCUUCCUUUUUUUUUUUUUUUUUUUUACUUUCAUUUUUCCACUGUUUCCUUAUUUUCUUUCUUUUUCCCACUUUUCUUCUCUAAUUCGUUUUCUUUCCUUUUACUUUCUUUUUUUUACUUUUUCUUUCUUUGUCGUUCUUUCUUUCUUUCUUUCUUUCUUUCUUUCUUUCUUUCUUUGCAUUCCCUACUUCGCCCAUUUCCGUUUUCUCUGUUCUUUCUUUUUUGUUCAUAUUUUUCUUCAAUUAUCCCUUUCUCUAUUUUUCUUGCAUUUUUAUUAAAUUCUUCUUCAUAUAAAUCUCCACAUUAUUUUUCUUUUUUCAUCCUCUUUUCCUUCGAUUUUCCAUCAUUAUAUUCUUUUGUUAACUUCCGGUAUCCCUUCUACAUUUUCUUUUUUUCUCAUCUUUAA